AUGCCUUCUGUUCGUCUCCGCAGGCAUAGAGCCGUUCUCCUAUUCACCCUCUUCGCCCUCGCCAUCUCAUACCACUUCGUCGUCGUCCGCAGGGACUACUCAAUCGUCCCCGACAAGUUCCUCUAUGGCCUGCCUUCUUCCUCUUCCUCUUCCUCCUCUUCUAUCCUGAAGACAGCAGAGGACGCCGACGUCGCUGACGCCGACCAGCACUCGGUUCUCCCUACCCCACCUCCGUCCUCGACCACUUCCUCAUCCUCCUCCUCCUCCACCACCACCUCCUCCUCCUCCCACAACUCAGAUCCCCUCCCCCUCGCUCAAUCCCCCAACACCAAACUCGUCUCCUCCCUCGAGACAAUCCUGUUCGCCGGCACCUUCCCCGUCGACGACUACUACACCGGUCCGUCCUCGAACGUACUCCCCCCCGGCAUCCGCCAGUCCUCCUCCGAUCCCUCAAUCUUCUCGCGCCCGCGCAUCGCAAAGUUUCCCUUUGCGAACCCUGCCGCGCUCCCUGACGAGCCUCCGCUCAGCUUCGCCAAGAUCCAGGGCUCGUUCGCCGCCGAAUCCGACGACGAGCGUCAGAAGCGCGAGGCCCGUCUCGCUGCCGUCAAAGAUGCCUUCCUGCAUUCCUGGCAGGGAUAUAAGGAAUACGCCUGGGGUCACGACGAAGUCCAGCCCGCGAGCAACACAUCUGCCGAUACCUUUGGCGGUCUCGGGGCAUCGAUCGUCGACGCACUCGACACGCUGCAGAUCAUGGACCUCACCGAGGAAUUCGAGGAAGCAAAGGCUUUCGUAGCCGCCCUCAACUUCACGACCUCAAACUACAAAACCAUCCCCAUCUUUGAGACCACAAUCCGCUUCCUCGGCGGCCUGAUCUCCGCCUACGACCUCUCGAGCCCGCGCGAGGAGAUCUUCCUCGACAAAGCCGUCGAGCUCGCGGACCUCAUGCUCGGCGCUUUCGACACCCCGAACGGCAUGCCGGUGUUGUACUAUAACCCGGUACUCGCGCACUACGGCCCCGAAGAAGCAAAGCUGCGCGCAGGCAACACCGUCGUCUUUGCGCAGUUCUCGUCACUCUCGCUCGAGUUCACGCGGCUCGCGCAAAUCACAAAGAAUAACGCGUACUACGCCGUCAUCCAGCGCAUCUCUGAUCAAUUGCAGGAAUCCCAGAAAAAGACCGACAUCCCCGGUCUCUGGCCUUCGUUCAUGGAUAUCUCGGGCUGCGUGACUGCCUCGGAGAAAAAAUCUAGCGCGCCCUCUGCCGCCGACAAUCAAGACGUCGAAGCGGCGGCGCUCAACCGCGCUGCUAUCGACGCAGAGACAAAGCAGUCGGACUCAAACGCCAAGCAGAAACGCCAGGUCCCUGCCGCCCUGCGCAAGUCCCUUCUCGACGUCCCGCGCCCGGGAUCAUCCUCCCUUUCGCCUGUCAAUCUGCCGGUGGAAGAGUGCGUGGGCGUCAAGGCGAUCGUCGGGACCGUGAAAGAGGACAGCAAUAAUAAGCUCAAGUACACGGCCGGCGGUCUUGCUGAUUCCGCGUACGAGUACAUGAUUAAAGAGUACCUCCUCCUCGGCGGCACCGUCGCGCAGUACAAAGACAUGUAUCAAUCCGCGACCGCCGCCAUCGACGAUAACUUGCUCUUCCGGCCUAAGGUUGCGGGAGAUCCUGAUAUUUUGUUUUCUGGAAACGUUCUGGUCGACAAGGAUACCAAAGCCGCCGAGUUCGACGCCGAAAUGACCCAUCUGACCUGCUACAUAGGCGGCAUGUACGCCAUCGGCGCUCGCGCGCUCGAAAACCCCGCGCACCUCCAAACCGCCGAAAAACUAACCGAAGGCUGCUACUGGUCCUACCGCGCCACAAACACGGGAAUCAUGCCCGAGAACUUCCACGUCGACCCCUGUCUGUCCUCAGACUGCCAUUUCGUCGACCGCUUCGCGUCCUCGGAGGGCGAGAACAAGCUGCGUAAGAGACAGGUCGACGAAACCACUCAUCAGCCCCAGGCGAGGAACCCGCCGGCUCCGACGACUCCAUCACGACCGCCGGCAUCAACAACGCCGCUCCCGGCGACGAAAACCCAGAUGCCGUGCCGCCUCCCCACGACGAAGACGAAGUCAGAGCCCAGCACCACCGUCCCCGGCACCGUGCUCGAGGUCGACGCGCCCGACGCGCCGGCGGAGGACGAUCCUAAUCGCUGGGAAACGGGCGGCUGGUACGACCAACCGCACUCGAUCCUCUACCAAGACGGCAGAUACCUUCUCCGCCCGGAAGCACUCGAGAGCAUCUUUGUGAUGUACCGCGUGACAGGAGACCGCAAGUGGCAGGACCGCGGCUGGGAGAUGUUCAGCGCGAUCGUAAAGUACACAAAGACCGACGCCGCGUUCUCGGCGAUCAAGGACGUGACGAAUAAUCGGAAGAUUACAUAUCUCGACGAGAUGGAGAGUUUCUGGAUGGCGGAAACGCUAAAGUAUGCUUAUUUGCUGUUUGCUGAGCCGAGCUUGAUUUCUCUGGAUGACUACGUCUUCAACACCGAAGCGCACCCGUUGCUGCGCCCUUCGCCUGUCCAGAGCGCGCCCGAAAAGUAG